AUGGAUUCUGAACAAAUCGCUCAUGCGGAUCAAAAGGAAACACUCAACCCAGGGGCGGAAUAUGGCAGUUUACCGUUUGACCGCUUUGUUGUGGAGAAUUGGGACUACUCAAAGCCCGUUCAGCAAGAUCAGGAACAAUGGAAUGAGCUCGCUGAAAAAUGGCUAUCCAUGAGUCGUAUCGAACGCAGUCCAUAUUGGGCAGUUUGGUUUCCAUCAGCCAGUCCUCAUCCAAAUGCGUCAUUCCUGCCAACCCGUCAACAAAUCAUUCGCAUCCUCGCUCCACAUCAGACUAUCAAAGAACGCAAUAUCUCUCAACAUGCUGCGAGCAUUCUCAACGAACCAGUGUGGAUCCGCACAUGCUAUGCAUCAGACCUAAGCAAUGCAUACGAGGAGAUGGGAAAUGCAGGGCUUCGUUAUCCCGAAAAUAUUGAUCGUUUCCUUCUGCUUGACGACGAAGCCCUCUACAGCAACCCUGACAAAGACUGGUCUCGAGUAUUCCUGCGUCUGCCAUUACUCCCUGAUGCUGGUACCUACCUUAGAUUUAAUUCGGAGAACGACAAGUUCUCGUGGGGAGAAUACGGGCCUAAAAAUAGAUCUUUCAUGCCUCUUUUCAACGCUUCGUGUAAAGAUAAGCAAGCCGUAUAUCUACUUGAUGAAGAAGCAUUGCGGGAAAGGUUGGUCAAGAUCCUUUAUCUUGACGUCCAUGGAAAUGCUGUAUGGAAAAACAAGAUCGCUCCGGAGGAUAUAGAAUUCUUUGAAGCCCGUUACUUCAAAGGUAGCACGUUGGGAAGAAUCAUGGAGAAGUGUGCUGACCUCGAUGAGCCAUCUCUUCUGCAGCCGGGUGCGUUGCUAGAGUACGACGAGUAGGACACGAGUAUACUGAUAUUGCGUUACACUCCCUCUACAUGG